AAAAAAUGUUAAGCUUGAUUAUUCUAAUUAUACUGAAAGCAAAUCCUCUAUGAUACUCGAAUAUAUAACAAUCGAUCAUAAUACUUUAUGCGAAGAAUAUCCUGAGUGCUUUUGCAGUAAGGAACCUUUAGAUGUCAAAUAGUUUUAAGAUAUGGUAUUAUCAAAAGACCUCAGAUAAAAAUAUUUAAUAAAAUAUGUCAGAUAAAUGUUUGGCAAUUUUAUUUAAGAAAGUUUGAGUAAAAGCAAGAAAAUUCCGAACUUACUUUGCUUCACAUACCUCAAUUUUUUGAUUGAAAUAUAUUAGAAUAAGCUUAUUAGCUUCAGUGAAAUUAUUAGGCUUAAAAAACUAAUGAAGCUUUCUUUUCGAGAGACUGCAAUAUUUGUUAACAUAUUUUAAAGAGCAGCAAAUUUAUUCAAAUAAGCUGAAUAAUCUAACAAACUAGCAAGCAAAAUAAGUUAAACUUAAAAAAAGAACCAAAAAUAAUAGGAAGAGUAAAUUAGCUUAGAAGAUCAAUAUAAAAGAGCAAUUCAUGAUGAUAAAAUUGAAAUAACAGAUUAUAUGGUUGGAAUUAAAUUUGAUGAACUGCUCAAUAAAACAGAGGAAAAAUACUAUAAUACUCUACAGCAGAAGCAAUAAUUCUUAUUGCUGCUAUUUUAAGAUCAUGUAAACUUAACAAUGCUAAGAGAGUUAGCUUUAAAAAUUAUUUAGUAGAAAGAAUCUCUCCAUUUAGACUUGCUAACUCUAAACAAAAUAAACUAAAACAGCUAAAAGUUAUAAUUUUACAUUGAAAAUUUUAUUAAUUAUUUAGGGUUUGGAUAAAAGAAAAGAAUGGUGUUUAAAAAAAAUAAAUAAUUUAAUUUUGAUGGUCUGAAUACAGAUGCUAAUGUUUUUAAUAGAGAUACUUGUGUGGUUUUUAUUUCAUUGAUAAAUGAUAUUGGAGCAAUCAGAAAAGUUUAAAAUAAGUUUGAAAAUAUGUUUGGUUACUCCUGCUAAGAAUCUUUAAAGAAAAAUAUAAGCAUAAUUAUACCAAAAUAUUUAUAAAGAGCUCAUGACGAAAUCCUUAAAAAUUAUGUUCGAAAUCCUGAAAAUUCCACUAUUAACUACUUUAAGCUUUAGAUUGCAUAAAAUGAAAAAGGAUGGGCAGUGCCUAUCUGCUUAAAAUUUAGACCAGACUAUAUUAAUCUUGAAGACUGUGGAUUAACUGCCUUUAUUUAAAAAAUUUAGAACGACUAUUAUUACAUUCUUAUGUCAUGUUAACGCUUUUAAAUUCAGUGUUUAUCAUAAAUUCUAUUUAAUAAAAUAUUUCGUAAAGUUUUUUCUUAAAGCGAAGUACACAAAAUACACUUAAAUAGGGUUAUUCCUCUUUUAAAUUACUUAGAAAAACAGUAAGUAAAUCACAAAUAUCUAGAAACUGUUAAUUAAACAGUUCAAACAAUAGCUUUUAUUCCAAAGGAGUAGGCGAUACAAAAAGGUUUAAAACGCUUCAGCUUAACUUAAAAGUUAGAUAUUUAAAAUUUGCAAAAAUAUGUUGAAAGUCUCAGUGUAGAAUUUUACGAUUUGUACUCUGUAAAACUUAAAUUUAUAUUAAAUAACUUCUCUAAAGCCUAAUUUAAUAUUUUAGAAUUGCAUACUUUCAAAAAAAUUACAAACUAUUAGAGCUAAAAGGAAAGUUUAUAAAAUUUUAAGAAUCAGCUACAUACAUUGCUUAAUAUAAACAUAGAUAUAACUAAUGACUUAGAAAUAAUUGAUUAGUUAAUUGAACUUUAAAAUCUUUAAAAUGCUUAAGACAGUCAUGAAAGCAAUUUAAAUAUAUCAGAAGAAGAUAAUUAGAGUAUUUCUGUUUAGGAAAAUUAUGCAGAUAAGUAUUAUAGGUAAAAUAAUAAUAAUAAUAAUAAUAAUUACAACUAGAUUUUCCACCACCAAAGUAGUUUUGGAUAAAAAGAAUUCGUCCAAAAUGAAAUAAAUAUGAAUGAUGGAGAGGCUUCAAAAAUGGCCCUUGUUUAAGAAUCUUAUUUAUAAGGAAUUUCAUAUAAUCAAGUUACUAAAUUGUAGGAAUAAAGUUAAGAGGUUGAAUAAAAAAAUUAUAAUGAAUUAACCAACAUUUACUAUCCUAACUUAAAUUAUAAAGUUGAUAAUUUAGACAGUUUUAACACAAAUAAUAUGAAUAAUUAUCCUUAGAAUUUAAUAUCGCCUUUAUCAAAUAAUAGUUUGUUUACUACACUUGUUUCUCCUCAUUAACCAUAGAGCGAAAACAAACUUCUAUAUAAAAAAUAAAUAUCUGAUACAUCUAAAGUUGAUUAGAAUUAUCUUAAUUUAAGUAAGUUAAAAGAUGACUCACAGCUUUCUAAAGAGCAGAAUAUAUUUACCGAAAAUCUAAUAAAUAAUCAAAACAUUUAAGCUAAUAACUCAUUCAAUACUAAAAACUAAAUAAAUGAAAAUAAUAUUUUAAACGUUAAGCAAUAAAGUCGAAGAUCAAAACUUCUACAUCACUAAUAGUCUAUAAAUAAUAUUUUGAAUGAAUACUAUGAUUCUAAAUAAUUAGAAGCUAAAAAUGUACCAGAUAAUUUAAGUUAAGCUAGGAAAGAUACUUAAAAAGGCUAGAAAAAUCUCCUAAAUGCCCAAGAUAACAUCGUCACCUAAAAUAAGGAAAUAGAUACAAAAGAAUAUGACGGAGAAAAGUCAACUGAUUAUUAAAAGAGUAUUAAUUAAAAAAGCUCUUACAAGGCUUCGUUAAAUGAGGAAUCAAAUAACCCUAAAGCCUUUAAUUUUUGCUAGUUGUUAAAAGAGAGAAUAAAGUAGGCUAAAUUAUAAUUAUAAUAAGAAAACUAAGCUAAAUAUUUUAGAAAGACAUCAAGUAAAAUACAAUUGAAUACUUAAAGAUAAUCUUUUCAGGAUAGAGAAUAAAAUUUGAAUACAAAUAGCAUAUAAUAAGCUAAUGAUAAAAAUGGAACUCUUUAAUUUUCAUUGGAAAGAUACUACAAUACUACAAAAUUUGAAAGAAAUAAAUCAAAAAAAUAAACUCUUAAUCAUGGAUAAACAUUUUUCUCUCAUAAGUAAGUAUUGUAGGCUGAAGAAAUAACUUCUGAAUAGCUAAGUGACAGUAUAGCUAGAGAAGAAGAAAAUUAAAGAGAGUUCGAAAUGUAAAAAUCUCGUCUAAAUGCCACUAGUUCUAUAAAUACCAGUCAAAGUCUAAAUCAAGAAGUAAAGAAAAAUAUAUUUAGAAUGAUUCAUUCUGUGAAGAGGAAUAAUUAGUUAAAUAUUCUGAUGGUGUUUGGAUUUGCUGCUUUAUUCUCCUUUUCUGCUCUGAUUCUUUAUCAAUACUUAUAGAAUGAUAAUUAAUUCAAUACAGCUUACCUUAACUUCUAGUAUCUACCAUGGCCUUUAUCUAUUAGAUUUUUAUAUUCUAAAAUAAUAUCUGAUUCUUAUCUAAAAAUUAUGUACGACUCUAAUUAUUUUCAAUCACUAGAAGCAAACCCAUCAUAUGAGCAAACUUUAAUUGACAGAUAAGCUUCAACUCGCUUAGAUUAUAAAAACUCUCUUAUAAAUUUUAUAAAUGCUGAUAAUGUAGAUUAAAAUUAUUUUUUAUACACUAUAAAUAAUAAUAUGAAUGUUGUUAUCAGCAAAGAUAUCAGCGUCCUGAAAAAUCCUUAUUUGAAUAUAACUGCCAAUAAGUAAUAAUUAAAAGCACCAAUUCUUUACUUCAUUAUAUUUAUGAACUCAUAUUUUUAAACAAAUUAAAAUAUGGUAAGCAAUCUAUUCUUUUAGACAAUAUCUUUAGAUAAUUUUCCUAGCUUUAAUACAUAAGUAACUUAAAUUCAGACUUUGAUAUCACAAUCUGUCACAUCAAUCACUGAUUCUAUUUAAAGCCAAGCUCUAUUUAUAAUGAUUUUUAUUAUUGUGGUUAUUAUUUUGCUUGGGUUUCUCACCAUUCCUCUUUACUAUCAUAUAUAAGUUAAAAAUGAAGAAUUACUCAAAUUAUUUUGUACUUUAUCAAGUCAAUCUCUAAACGAUAUGGUUUAACCUAUUCAAAUUUCUAUUCUCUCUCAUAAAACUUAAACUAAAAUCAAAUAUUUUUAACUUCCAAUAUAUAAGAAACGCAAAGCCAUAUCUUCUUAUUCUGAAAUUAAAAAAUUUAAUAUAAAGCAUAUCUUCUACAUAAUAAUAGCUAUUUUACUUAUGAUUAUUCAGCCAGUCAUCAGCUAUGUUUAUAUAGCCGAUUUCUACAAUGAAGCAAAUAUACUGAUUUAAUUAAUAUAAAACUUCUAUAAUGUGAAAGCUACAUGUGUUAGUAUACAAACUAUUUCUAAUGCAGAAUUUCUAAUUAGCUCUAAAAAUUCUAAGUUAUAUAAUACUAUAUAUUUCAGUUAGAGGCUAUCACUUUUAAGUUCAUAACAAAGUUAAUCCUUGAACUCUUUUUAUUCUGCUAUACAGCUAUCUCAAAGUUCAAAAAGAUAUUAAAAUUAAUUAUAUGAAGAUUUCUUUUAUAAAAUAAUAACUGAUGAUUUAUGCAAUACAGUUUAGUAAUACCCUUAAUACGUAAGUUCUAAAAAUUAAUUCGAUAUAUCUAAAUGCUAAUAAGUAAGAAGCGGAAUUCUAUCAAAGGGGUUGUAAAUUUCUAUUAAGGAGUUCUUUCAAGUUUACUUUGAUAUUAGCCCUUUGUAUAAUAUCACUGACAUUAAUCAGUUUACUAAAUUGUUUUAUUCAUGGGAAAACUCAAAUAACUUAAUUGAGCUUGAUUAAUUUUUUGAUAUAAUAACGAAAUCAAUUGAAAUUCUAAAAGAUUUUUUGUUAGACAGAGUAAAUAGUUUUAUUAAUGAAAUGAAAUUUAUUUUUAAGUCAUUGCUGAUUUAUUAAUUAAUAAUGAUGGUAUUCAUUUUCUAUUUUGGAUUUGCCUAAUUCUAUUACUAAGUUAAGGAUGAAAUGAUUCAAACAAAAAGAAUUAUAAGCAUACUUUCUAUUGAAUCUGUUUUAGAUAAUCCUUAUAUGCUCUCUUAUCUUAAUAAAUAAGAGAAUUGAGAUAAGAUAGU